AUGUCGGAUUCGAAUUCGCCGAAAACAGAUGCAAGCAGCCCAAGCCUUUCGGGAAACUUGCGACAAUUUCGAUUCCAAAAGAAACAACUGAAACCGUUAAACAUGUCGGAUGAUGACAGUAAUUUAGUUGGUUCUGAGAUACAAUUUCGACGUAAGGCAGUUAAUGUAAUUGAAGACAGCGACAGUGAUGUGGGUAGUCCUGCUAAAAAUGCUCCCUCUUUAGUUCACAAGGAUAAAGUGGUACAUAAUAAGGCAAACUGGAACAGUGAUGAAGGUGAUGUAGAUUCCAGAAAUGGCAGAAAGAGGACCUUUAAGGGUUCUUCCAAAACUACUAAGAAAAAAAGAAGAAAAUUAAACAGAGAUGAAGAUAUAGAUGUUGAUUCAGAUGAAACAGAUUUUAAAGAUAAAGUGUUUGAUAGUGAUGAAGAUUCAGAUGUAGAAAUAUCCAAUGAGCUUACGGGUGAUAAAAAAGCAGUUUUAGAAUUCAUGCAAAAUGCUUUAACAUCAGAGUUACUGUUAAUGUCUUAUUGUUCUCAAAAGAAAGCAAAUGCCAUUAUAGAAGCAAGACCAUUUGAUAAUUGGAGAGACAUAGUUCAGAAGUUCCAGAACAAUAAAUAUUUGGAUACAGAACUUUUAAAUUCAGCUCAAGAAUUAUUGGCUACUAGACAAGCAGUAGAGACACUCAUGAAGAAAUGUCUUCGUUUGUCUACCAAUAUUGAAAGAGCUGUGGCUGCAGGAGCAUCAACCAUUACAAGUCAACCCAAGGGGUUAUCACCAAAUUUAAAAUUAGCUCCAUAUCAAAUGGUUGGAUUAAAUUGGCUUGCCGUGAUGCAUGCGCAAAAUGUUAAUGGUAUACUCGCGGAUGAAAUGGGUUUAGGAAAAACGAUUCAAGUAAUAGCCUUUCUUACAUAUUUAAAAGAGGCUGGCCUCAGGGAUGAAAAAGAUGGACCACAUUUAAUCGUUGUUCCCAGUUCAACAAUGGAAAACUGGAGCAACGAGUUGGAAAGGUGGUCACCUGGUUUGAAAGUUGUACAAUAUUAUGGCACUCAGGAGGAACGAAAAGAAAUGCGAUUCGGUUGGCGAAACGGUGAACUGGACGAUGUCGAUAUCUUGUUAACUACGUAUAGUUUAAUUAGCAGUACACCAGAAGAACGGAGAUUAUUUCGUGUCAUGCCUAUUCAUUAUGUUGUUUUCGACGAAGCUCACAUGUUGAAGAAUAUGGCUACCAUCAGAUACGAAAACCUCGUUAGAAUUCAUGCUAAACAUCGAAUUCUGCUAACGGGUACUCCGUUGCAAAAUAAUUUAUUAGAACUGAUGUCUCUCUUAAUAUUUGUGAUGCCUUCACUGUUUGCUGGAAAACAAGCCGAUCUAAAAAGCUUAUUUUCAAAAAAUCCCAAACUAUUAGCAGUUAAAAAAAGUAGUGAACAGCCAUUGUUCGAACAGGAACAAGUAAAAAAUGCGAAGCAAAUUAUGACACCGUUCGUGCUUCGGCGACUGAAAGCCGAAGUCCUUCGAGAUUUACCAAAAAAAAGUGAUCGUGUGAUUAAAUGUCCGAUGACAGAUAAGCAACAAAAAAUGUAUACAGACUUGAUUGCCGAGUUUUCGGCCGAGGCUGAUCAAAGUAGUGAAGUCAAUGGUGUGGGAAUGAUGAUGCAGUUAAGAAAGUUGGCCAACCAUCCGCUUUUAGCACGAGAUUAUUACAACGAGUCUAAAUUAAGAGUUAUAUCGAGCAGAUUAGCGAAAGAGCACUCGUACAAACAAAAGAAUGUAGAUUAUAUAUUCGAAGAUUUACAGUGGCUGUCGGAUUAUAAGAUAAACCAAUUGACAAGAACGUACAAGAGUUUAGCUGGAUUGGGCUUACCUCAAGAACUUAUUCCCAAAGCUGGAAAAUUAAAGAUGUUAGACGAAUUAUUACCAAAGCUAAAAGAUGAAGGGCAUAGAGUAUUGAUUUUCAGUCAGUUUACAAUGAUAUUAGAUAUUUUAGAAGAAUAUCUAACAAUCAGAGGACAUACCUAUCUAAGAUUGGAUGGAAGUACACCAGUAACAGAUAGACAAUGUUUGAUAAACCAGUAUACGGAGGAUGGAAGUAUUUUCAUAUUUUUACUAUCUACAAGAGCUGCUGGUUUAGGGAUUAAUUUAACAACUGCAGAUACUGUUAUAAUACACGAUAUUGAUUUUAAUCCGUAUAAUGAUAAACAAGCAGAGGAUCGUUGCCACAGAGUGGGUCAAAAAAGACCUGUUAGCAUAAUUAGAUUAUUAGGCAAAGAUACGAUAGAAGAAGGCAUGUAUGAAGUAGCUCAAGAUAAAUUGCAUCUUGAACAACAGCUGACCGGGGAAGAAGAGAAUGAAAGUACGGAUAAAAAAAGUGUGCUGAAGUUACUUAAGAUCACAUUAGGGCUAGAACACAACAGGUCUUUAUCGCUUUUACAGCAAAAGAAUGCGAGAACGAGCAACGGAUUAUUAAGCAGCGAGGAAAAUUGUAACAUAGAAUUUUGA